AUGGAUCGGCUGGAGGAAGAAAAGAAACGACUUGAGGAAGCGGUGAAAGAUCUAGAAGACCGAGCAGACGUCCUGCGGCCGAGAGAGGCACUGCAACGGUGUCAACACAGCAACAAAGUGUUGCGUGAAGUGUUGCACGCUCAACGUCGGGCGAUCGCAGGCGCAGCAUCAAUUAUUGCGCAUCAUUUUUGUACGGGGCCGUUUGACACACCGACCAAGCUAAGCAAAGACCCGGUAAAGCGCAGAGCUGCUCUAAUGAAGAUGAGGAGCCAGCGAUUAUCGUGCGCCUACGAGUUCAUGAUGGAAAUGCUGCGCCACAUGGACGUCACGUUGGACUUUUGCGAGCAAAAGAGGUUCACGGCGACCAAUGGCGACGUCUGCUCCGAGCGCUUUGAGAUCGUUCCACUGCCCGUAGCGCGCAGCGUCAAGCGGAUCAGUAUGUCUGAGGUGGACGGUGACAUCACUAUUCGAGAAAAUGACGAGCCGCAAUUGUCCAUAAACGUCCCAGUCGCGCAGCAUCGGUUCGUGACUACCAUCGCUAAUAUGGUCCAGAUGGACACGAACAACGCUGCGUUUGCAGAGUAUCGGCCGCCAGGUCCGGGAGUGGAAGAGAUCGGUUUCUCCAUUAAUGACCCUAUCGACGAGGACGAACUCUAUCCUUACAGACCGGAGACUACAUGUAGAGUUCGACAAGAUGUCACGGUUAUCAUUAUGGUAGCGAAGCAUCGUGAUAAAGAAGGCAAUCCUCUUAUUGUAUUCUCUCGCUGGUGGUCGCUGUGUCUCCGGAAAUCCCAUAUCCACGUUCCCAAGCUCAUUGCCGACCGGAUCCGGAAUGGCCUCGAGAGCGUCUCCGCCUCCAUGCUGGCUGCAGCAGAACGUGCUGGCGCUGGGGGACCCACUGGGGGCUCAGUAGCUGUCAUAUAA